AUGAAUAUGACACUAAUAACCAUCGAUACACCGGAAAGGAAUGAAAUUAUUGGCAAAGAAUUACGUGCAAAAUUUGCAAAAUCUCCCAAUUUCUGGUUGGGUGGCAACGAUCUUGGAGUGGAGGGUAAAUUUACCUGGUCUUCAACGGGCAAACGUUUUGAAUUCUCAAAUUGGUCGAAUCAUCAACCGGAUAAUUAUAAAAGCUACGAACAUUGUGUCCAUUUUUAUUGGAAAACGGAUUUAGAAUGGAACGAUGCUCUGUGUGCAACAAAAAUGGGGUUCAUUUGCGAAGAAAAUCGUUUUUUGCGCUCUGCUCGACACGACAUGCAAGUGAAGAAAAAUGUCAUUGAUGAAUUAUUUGCAUUGUAG